AUGAAGGAGUGACAAAAACGUUCACAUGUGCCCGACCACUAAUCGGCCAGCAUGUGUUCUUACAGCUCGUAGGAGUUGAAGGUUCCCUGUCUCUAUGCGAAGUCGAAGUCUUCACUACUGAAGAGUUUUCCAACGACCGAUGUGCGCCGGCUGGUGCUUCCGCUGACAUUGAACUUGCGGCUUUCUCUCGUAACUGCUACGAGUUUAAUGUGGCCAAGGGAGGCUCCUUCGAUGAGGCGCGCAAGCAGUGCCAAUCUCACGGCGGUGACCUCAUUCAUGGCUUUCAGGGUGCAACGUCAAGUUACUUAAUACAAGAACUGGAACGACGCAAAGCACAGUUGAAGACCCAAUUGGUCUGGAUCGGUGCUCAAAAAGAACCGGGCCUCACUUCGAGAACAUGGCGAUGGGUUGAUGGUGAAUUGGUAUCGAAACCGACUUGGGGCAAAGAUCAGCCGAACAACUACAAUGGUGAACAGAACUGCGUGGUGCUGGACGGUGGGCGCGCGUGGUUGUGGAACGACGUCGGCUGCAACCUCGACUAUCUGCACUGGAUCUGCCAGUACCUACCGCCAUCUUGUGGGAGUCCAGAUAAACUAUUGAAUACUACAAUUGAAGGAAACAGUUACCUGGUGGGCGAAUAUAUCGCCUACAAAUGUCCCGAAGGUCACAUGUUGCUUGGAGAUAAGACCAGAGAGUGCAAGGAAGACGGAUUCUGGUCCGGAACAGCGCCUAGUUGUAAAUAUGUCGACUGCGGUGGUCUUACCCCGAUCCAAGAUGGCGACGUGUCUUUAAUUGACGGACGCACUACUCAUGGCGCAAGAGCCAUGUACACUUGCAAAGAGAACCACACUCUCGUCGGUGAGUCGUCGAGGGAAUGCAGUGAUGAAGGCGUAUGGAGCGGACAAGCGCCGAAGUGUCUGUUCGACUGGUGCCCAGAGCCAGCCCCGGUGGCAGGUGCUACUGUAACAGUCAGUGGACACAAAGCCGGCUCUCUAGCAACCUACACUUGCCAAAAUGGAUUCAUAUUGUUCGGUACACCGAGUGUAACUUGCAAGCUUGGCGGUACGUGGGCAGGAACACCGCCUUCUUGCAAAUAUGUGGACUGCGGCACACCAGCACAAUUGUAUAAGGGUUCCUUCAGACUGUUGAACGGCACCACGACAUAUGGCUCCAUAGCGCAGUUUAAUUGCGAAGCCGACUACUGGUUAUCGGGGACUGAAUUUCUCACAUGCAACAGGGAUGGAAAGUGGUCCCAUGACAUUCCGACUUGUGAUCUGAUUACUUGCGCUGAUCCAGAAGUUCCCGCUGGCGGUUACAUGGAAGCUUACGAUUACAAUGUGCAUUCGACUAUCGACUUCCACUGCGAACACGGUCACAAGUUAGUUGGAGAGUCUAGUUUGAUUUGUCAACAAGACGGCGAAUGGUCUGGAGACUCCCCGAAAUGCGAAUAUGUGGAUUGCGGCAAGCUCCCGCCACUGCCAUAUGGAUCUGCAGAACUACUUAAUGGCACUACACAUUUGGGCAGCAUCAUCCAGUACUCAUGCACUACUAACUACCGUCUAGUGGGGCCUGUACGUAGAAUCUGCACCGAGGAUCACCAAUGGAGUGAAUCAUCACCCAGGUGUGAAGAAAUCCGCUGCCCAGAGCCUGUAGUAGCGGAGAACAGUAUAGUAUCUGUGACAGGCAAUGACCGCAUGCAUGGACGCACACUAAUCCGCACAGUGGGCAGCACAAAUGCAGGCAAUACAUACCGCAUUGGUGCCCUCGUUAAAUACCGUUGUGAGAGAGGUUACAAAGUCAUUGGAGAAAGCCUGUCUACUUGCGAGGAUAAUGGACAAUGGAGUGGAGUUACACCUCAUUGUCAAUAUGUGGAUUGUGGCAAUCCUGGUCGACUGCAGAAUGGUAUAGUGACACUGGCUACUAAUGCUACAUAUUAUGGGGCUGCAGCAUUGUAUGAAUGUGAUGAACAUUGGCAACUUGAUGGUGUUUCAAGACGGUUGUGUCAAGAUAAUGGAACAUGGAGUUCUGAACCUCCAGUAUGCAAAGAAAUAACAUGCACAGAUCCAUCGAUCCAGAUAAAAGGCAGCACCGGACUUGUUGUGGUUACAUCCUCGCUCAGUAUUGGCAGUGAGGCUCACUACCGCUGCGAGCGUGGGUACAGUCUCCGCGGCAACCAGACCAGAAUGUGCAUGCCAAGGGGAGUGUGGAACGGAUCACCGCCAGUCUGUAUACCAAUUGAUUGUAAGUCACCGGGGACGAUUGAGAAUGGUCGCAUUAUAAUAUCGAACAGUUCGACACUAUUCGGAAGUUCUAUCGAGUACCACUGCAUGCCGCAGUACCAGCGAGUGGGGCCGUUCCUAAGGAAGUGUUUGGACGACGGCAAAUGGUCUGGAGAUGAGCCAAGUUGUGAGCUAACGACCAACGAAGCUACAGACAGCGGGGCUCUACCACUUAGUGUUGGUGUUGGCUGUGGCAUCGUACUCUUCUUGCUAAUGCUGCUCGCUCUUAUUUAUUUAAGACUUCGGAAAGCAAUGCCUGUGAAGAAUACAGAGAAUAUUGAAGGCGCGGAGAGGAAAGAAGACCAAAACGCGGCCGUUAUGAGCUACGCCACACUACACGAUACGAACGGGCGUCAUAUCUACGAUCACGUGACGGAUAAUGUAUACGACUCGCCGUACAGCGAGCGAGUGGCCGACAAUAUCGCGUACGGAAGACGCAGCGACACUGAUUCCGCAUACGAGCCCGAACCCACGGGACCCAACGCUGUCGUCACAAUAAACGGAGUCGCGGUGCGUUGAUACAUUACACAAUAACCUGUACAAAUAACACAUACAACAUUGCCAAUUAGUGUAAUUUUAAGUAAAUUGAUGUCCGAUUCGAAGGACCAACUCGCAGUGAUAUUGUCAAAUUUAUAAGUGAUACAUUGUAAAGUUUGAAAGAAUGGAUGUAUAAUAGAAUGUUUAAAUAAUCAAAUGGCGAUAAUGUUUUUGUUUUUACAAAUUAUUUAACACAAUUAUUUAUAAUCAUCAUAUAAGGCUUUCUGGUUUUUUCAUUUCGUUCAAACAGUUUAAAUGAUUGUAAAGUACCAGUACCAUAAUAAGUGAAAAUAUGAAUGACUUUAAUACUAUUAUUUAUUAUUCAAAUAUAAUUUACUGACAGGAGUCGAUGAUUGUAAAAAAUGUGUUUGAGGUUAUCACCAACCCUUACUAGGUAUUUAACCAAAGAUGUAAAUGAGUUGGAAUUAUGUGAAGUAAAAUAAUAUUUAUGUAUUAGUUUAUGAUUGUAACUAUAUUGUUAAGUGAUAAAAGAAUUGGAAUGCGGCAUUCGGAUUUUUUUAGGUAAAGUUAAAAUAAUAAUGUAAGUGCUGGUUUGUCUUUUGCCUUGAUUUUCUUUGUACUCAAUGCCUACUUAAUAAGAAUCUUUAAAAUAUUCACUAUCAUCAAUGUCUUAUAACACUGAAUUGCAUGUUGUUAAUUAAAAUAUAUCCUUGUUCACUUUAAACCUUUAAAAUUAAUUUAUGGCAUGUGUACUGUCAUGAAUGAUUACUGUUUUUAAUAUGUUCCGUGUUAUUGAUGCAUCCAGUUCUAACUGCCACACCUAUGAUUGUUAAAUGACCUCAGGGACAUAUUCCUACACUAAAUUUACACCAAGAAAUGCCCUUAGGCUCCGCUUAACUCUGAUUGUAUCCGUUGUUCUCCCUUUUGAAAGAUACUGUAAAUACUUAGCGUAGUAAGGUGUUUUAUAAUUGGAAGAAAGUGUUUGUGAAAAAUAUAUAAAAAAUGAUAUAUGUUUAAUUUACUCUAAAUUCUUUAUCAGCCCUUCUUAGUUUGAACUUGUUUUUAAAAGCAUUAGAUGUACUAAAUAAGAUAAUGAUUCUUCUAACUUCAUGUCUUAGUUGUUUUUAGUUAUUCUUUUCAGACCGACAAUGAUAUCUGAUUUAGUGGACAUAAGUGAAAUUAAAUAAUAACAGCUCACUAGCGCCAUCCGCUCAAUGUCAUAAAUGUGUUACAAAAUAAAUGGAUAGGUCUUUGUGAAUGAAAGCUUAUGCUUCGUUCCGACAAACGCGUUUGUUAAUGUUAUGACAGUUCAUGCUUUCUCUAUUACCAGUUCCAGUUCGUAAAACUCCAACUCCAACUCCUCCAGCAACCGCAACAGAGCUAAGAUGGCGAAAAUCAAAUAGUCGCAAAAUACCACGUCUUAUCGGCUGUCAAUUAUAGUGGUCAGUGUUUUCGUACUACAGCUGUCUCGUCAAGUUGUUUGCCAUUUUCUACGCAUACUUAGGUUUUACAUAUUUUCUAAAAAGGCUUACCGCCAACAGCAGCGCCCCUCACUAGCUCAGAUAUCCUUGUUUAACUAAACUAUUAGUUUCGACUCAGUGACAUUUGUAAUGACAUAUAUUGGUAUCUCUCGCAUAAUCUUUGAAAAAAAGAGAGACAAGUAUAGUUGUAUACUCGUAUACGAGUCAAUACGAAAUUCACUUCAGUUGAAACACAUAGUUAUGGUAUUUUGUAGAUAGAUUUUCAUACUAAUUUAGUUUGUAUAUUUUUGUUUUGAGUGUUAUGCAUAGUUUAAGAACUAUACAAACUUUAACAGUUUUUGAUAAGCAUCGAAAAUAUAUUUUGUUACUUUUAUAAACUUGUACCUAUAUUAAUGUUAAUUUAAGUGUUCGUUAAAUAAACGUAUACAACAUAUA